GUAGGUUGCAAACUAUGAUGAGUGCAACACAUGUGCAACAUGUUUUUGGCAUGCCCAUGGUUUUUUCUUUCGUCCAUGCCAUAGAAUGAAGAACCGCGUUACAUCCGUUCAGGAAGCUUUCCCCACGCCGUGGUGUAGGACGAGUUUGUCUGGCCUUCAGUCGUAAUACUCACAGCUCAGUUUUUAUUCGUUCAGUCUUGCCGUGCCAUUUUUUUUUAUUUGUUCAGUUUUACCGUGCCGCGUACGAUGCCGUGAAUACACGUUUUAACGUUGGAGAGCCGACAGACACCUCAGCGUUCUGCAUCAUGGACCAGACGCGAAGCACUAGCGUCGGAGGGACGUCGCAGCGUAAAAAGCGCAGGAAACGUUAUUUAGAGUCAGGGGAGACCUACUCCUUGCCACGGACAUCGUUGCGGUACCAGGAGAGGGUCCGGGACACCCAGUCAUGUUCACAGACGCCUACGCAGCUUAGAAGCUCCGGCGCUGGAAGUGCAAAUGCCGGCGUGUGUGAUAUUGAUGACGACGAUGAUUUCGACGCCAGUGACCAAAACCUUGAUCAUGCGGAAAGUGACGAGGGAGAUGGCAACAAACAGUGUGACAGUGAAUCCAGCUGCUCUGAAGACUGCAGUGGUGCUGAGGAGUGCGAAGGUGAUGCAGAUGAAUUUUGCAGCCUGUUCUCAAGCGAACGCCUUCCGAGCUCAGACAUAAGUGUCAGAGAUGCCAUGCUGACGCUAAUGGCGUAUACUGCGUCAGUAGGCCUAAACUGGACAGAUAAGGAGAAGCUUGUGAGUGUCAUAAACCUUUUUCUUGGCAUGCCCGUCCUUCCUACUUCGAGCUACAUGCUUAGAAAAGCGUGGAGGCAGUGGAUGGGCGGCCUUGUCAAGCGACACUACUUUUGUGAGGCAUGCGAAGCUGUGAUGCCUAAUCCUCGUCAAAAGGAUUUUUUAUGCCUGCACUGCAACACCGCCAACUCGGGGCAAAAUUUUUUUGUUACAUUGGACCUCAAGAAGCAAAUUGAAGUCAUGCUUAUUGACAAGUCUGUGUCAAAGGGCUUAAUGGAAUCCUUGAAGAAAAGGGAACUUCAAGCGGAUGAUGGCUCUAUGAAAGACAUUUGUGAUGGGCGGCUUUACAAAGAACAGAUGAAAAACUCUUCAUGGUGUGACAUAUCCCUCACAUUCAACGCAGAUGGUGCGAAAGUUUUCAAAUGCAACAAAGCUUCAAUAUGGCCAAUUCAGUGUGUGGUGAAUGAACUGCCAUUAUCCUUGCGGUGGAGUAAUGUGCUAUUAUGUGGACUGUAUUUUGGAAAGGGCUACCCAAGAAUGAGUCCAUUCCUUGGAACUUUUGUUAAAAGCCUUAAAGAACUGAACUCUGUCAAGUGGAAGUGUGACGAACAAGCGCUGUCCUCGAAGGUGCACAUCACGUGUUGUUGUGUUGAUGCCCCAGCACGUGCAGCAGUGCUCAAUAUGAAGCAAUAAAACGGCUACUUUGGGUGCAGCUUCUGCGUUCACAAAGGUGUCCAUAUCCGUGGAUCUCUGAGAUACCCAGUUCCAGAGGGAGCAAGCCAGCCAAAUCUGAGGACCAACACAAGUGUCAGGGAAGACAUGCGGAUAUC